CUCGCAGCCCGUGUCCCGAACUUCCUCACUUCUCGCAAUCACCCGCUACACACCGCUGCAAUGGCUUCCGCAGCGCAGAAGAAGCUCGUCGUGUGCGGCGGCAACGGAUUUCUGGGAUCCCGCAUCUGCCGCGCCGCCGUCGCCCGCGGCUGGGCCGUCACAUCAAUCUCACGCAGCGGCAUCCCGCACUGGCCCUCAAUAACAUCCUCCUCCACCCCGCCCCCCUGGUCCGAGAAAGUCACCUGGGCCAAAGGCGACAUCCUCUCGCCCACCACCUACACGUCGCACCUGACCUCGGCCACCGCCGUCGUCCACACCAUGGGCAUCCUGCUGGAAGCCGACUACAAAAACGUCCUCCGGGGCCGCGAAUCCCCGCUGUCGGGUCUGCGCCGCGCCUUCUCGCCCACCAAAGCGGGGACCCAGAACCCGCUGGACGUGAAGGAGGGCGAGACGCUGCGCCCGCAGGAAUCCGACGCCCAGCUCACGUACGAGGUCAUGAACCGCGACACGGCCGUCAGCCUCGCGCGCGAAGCGCACGCCCGCCAUGUGCCGUCGUUCGUGUACAUCUCUGCCGCCGCCGGCACGCCCAUCUUGCCUGCGCGCUACAUCAGCACGAAGCGCGAGGCUGAGAGUAUUAUAAGCAGCGAGUUUCCGACCAUGCGCAGUGUGUUCGUCCGUGCUCCAUUCUUGUACGACUCCAGCCGCACCUUUACGUUGCCGAUCGCGGCGGGUGGUAUGGUGGCGAGUAUCGUGAAUGGCGCGGUUGGGGGGCGACUGACUUGGUUGCUGGGAGCUGGGGGUGUGAAGCCGCUCAAGGCGGAUUUAGUAGGGGAGGCGGUUGUGGAGGCGCUGGAGGACGGGGAGGUGCAUGGGCCGGUGGAGGUGGCGGAGAUUGAGAGGCUGGGGACGAGGGCGUGGAGGAAGGGGAUGCUGUAGGCUUGAGGGGGUGUGAUGUAGCAGGGACGAUUACCAGUUUAGUUGCGUGCUAAGGUAGGCACUUCGUGCACGGACGGCGAGAAAUAGAUGUCUAAUCACGUUAAACUAGCAAGAGGUUUGUGGAGGCUGGUAGUCUUUGUGUUUUUCUUCGCAGGUGACGAAGCGAAUGCUUCAUAGAAUCAGAGGCUUGAGACUAGAACCUUCGCGUUUGAGAUGCUAUUCUCGGAGAGUCUGUCAGCACAGAUGAUGUAGGGAAUGCACAAUUGACAAAAUGCUCAGAUGC